AGGAAAUGAACGCAGCUGCGCGCUGACGUAUGCUCUGCGGAAAGGAGGGUGGGAGGGGAUUCGGCCAUCUUGGAGUCUUAGCGGAGCUCUGGAGCGGGGAGCAGAGCAGAUCGGUCUUUGUCACAAUGGGAAAAGAGAACUGAAGCCAAUUCACCAUGAUCGGAGGGCUCUUUAUCUAUAAUCACAAGGGAGAGGUCCUGAUCUCCCGGGUAUACAGAGAUGACAUUGGCAAUAGAAGGAAUGCAGUGGAUGCUUUCCGUGUCAAUGUCAUCCAUGCCCGGCAGCAGGUGCGCUCUCCCGUCACCAACAUUGCUCGUACCAGUUUCUUCCAUGUGAAGCGUUCCAACAUCUGGCUGGCAGCUGUCACCAAACAAAAUGUCAACGCCGCCAUGGUGUUUGAGUUCCUGUACAAGAUGUGUGAUGUCAUGACUGCAUACUUUGGGAAGAUCAGCGAGGAAAAUAUCAAGAACAACUUUGUGCUGAUCUAUGAACUACUUGACGAAAUCCUGGACUUUGGUUACCCUCAGAACUCUGAAACUGGAGCCCUGAAAACCUUCAUCACUCAACAAGGGAUUAAAAGUCAGCAUCAGACAAAGGAAGAGCAGUCUCAGAUCACCAGCCAGGUGACGGGCCAGAUUGGCUGGAGACGUGAAGGAAUCAAAUAUCGUCGGAAUGAGCUGUUCCUGGAUGUACUGGAAAGUGUUAAUUUGCUGAUGUCACCCCAAGGACAAGUUCUUAGUGCUCAUGUAUCUGGACGUGUUGUUAUGAAGAGCUACUUGAGUGGUAUGCCAGAGUGCAAAUUUGGAAUGAAUGACAAAAUUGUAAUUGAGAAACAAGGCAAAGGAACUGCUGACGAGACAGGCAAAACAGGGAAGCAAUCUAUUGCUAUUGAUGACUGUACAUUCCAUCAGUGUGUUCGCCUUAGCAAGUUUGAUUCUGAGCGUAGCAUCAGUUUUAUACCGCCAGAUGGGGAGUUUGAGCUCAUGCGAUAUCGAACUACAAAGGACAUUAUCCUUCCAUUCCGAGUUAUUCCACUUGUGCGUGAGGUGGGGCGUACCAAGCUGGAGGUCAAGGUGGUUAUAAAAUCCAACUUUAAACCAUCUCUGCUGGCUCAGAAAAUUGAGGUCCGAAUCCCCACACCACUCAACACAAGUGGAGUACAGGUCAUUUGUAUGAAGGGGAAAGCCAAGUACAAAGCCAGUGAAAAUGCCAUUGUCUGGAAGAUAAAACGAAUGGCAGGAAUGAAGGAAUCUCAGAUCAGUGCUGAGAUUGAGCUUUUGCCAACCAAUGAUAAAAAGAAGUGGGCCCGCCCUCCUAUUUCCAUGAACUUUGAGGUCCCUUUUGCUCCGUCCGGACUGAAAGUUCGAUACCUGAAAGUAUUUGAGCCCAAGCUGAACUACAGUGAUCAUGAUGUGAUAAAAUGGGUUCGUUACAUUGGCCGCAGUGGGAUCUAUGAAACCCGUUGUUAAUGCAUCAGUAAUAGAAAGGAGGGAGCAGUGUCCAUUACUAAAACUGCCCUAGUCACACUACACUCAGUUGUGGUAAUUGGGAACCCAAGUAAAAACAAGAAGCUUGUACUUUGUAGGUGGAUAUUGCUCCUUUCCUUUCUUCUUCCGCCCUACCAUGACAGCCAUUUGGCUUCAUAACUCCCAUUAAGUGUGGAGGCUCUGUACACUGAUUCAGCAUUGGAAAGGUUAACAAGUUGCAGGGAUCUCCUUGGUCAUCUUGCAGCUGUGUGUUCUUGAAUAUCCUCCACACGUGCAGCUGCUCUUGACCUUGUAUCGCCACCACAUCUGUGAAUAUUGCUGGCUGAUAGUAUUUCUGAAUAGUGUAAAAUUUCCUGCACGCUUCCAUCAUAUUCCUCUUCUAAAUAGCGGCGUCUUGUUUACAGUGUCCGUUUUGUCAUUGCUGUUUGUCAUUAGAGCUUUUAACACUGUCACAGGCCAAUCUUAACAGGAGGGAGAUAAUGGUGUUGGAGCCCUGGCAUCAGGGUGUUGGAUGGACAAACUGCAUUUUUGUCCUUUUUCUGACUGGAGAGGUGAUAUAAAUCUUCACUAUGUGGGGUGGAAGUUUGCUACAAGUUCUGUGACCAAACUAAGGGGGGUGGGGGGUCAUUGCAGUUUGGCCAUUUCACAGCUCCUUUUGCCAGUGAGGAAGAGCAGAUCAAACCUUGAGAUGCGUGUAGCAUUCAUUACCAUGGAGUGCAAAGAAUCCAACAUAUCACUGCCGGAGACCAGUCACGGACAUGGAAGCAGCAUGGAUGGGAUCUUACACCUUCCACUGAUGUGACUUGUGUGUGGCUCUGUGACUUUUCUCUCGUCCUUGUGCUGUGAUUUGCUCUGUUUUUCUUUGAUGGUCAAAUUAUAAACCCAUUAAACAAUGUAGAAAAAAAACUUGCUGCUUUGACCUUUUUUUUUUUUUUUUUUUUUUUUUUUAUAAGGGCAAUUGGUGUUAAUUUCUUGUUUUGAAAGUUUAUUUUAUAAGUUAAAUACAAAAAAAAUGAAGUGGUGGUUUGUCAGAAAUCCUUGGCACUCUGCAAUAUAUCAAGCAGUUUUUUUUUUUUUUUUUUCCCCUUCCCAAGUUACCUCUGAACUAGAAAGCAACCUGCAUCCAAUUUUAUGGAGGUAAGGGGCUGUUCUGUAGUUCUAUAUGCUUCCUGUUCUAGCGUGAUAACACUGCUGCUCUGUAGAAACAGUACAAUGAGUGCGCAUUGUCACCCAAAGCGGGAAAGGUUUUAUUGGUAGACUACAGUUCUGUUAUGUUUUUGUUUCGUUUGGCUACGGACAGGUGGUGAGAAAGCGCUGAUUACUUUAACCCCAGUUUUGCUCACAAACUUGUUGCAACCAGGUGCACUGUCAAGCAUUUGUGACGCGUUCCCAUUUGCUGUGUAGUGUUCAGCGGCCUUGCCGCCUGAAAAUCACUACGUCAUGUAAACUUUGCUGAGGAUGCAUUCACAGCAUGUAAACUCCCCUUAUCCACUUGCCCCUUAAAGGGCGGCAAAACCAGGGCUCACAUAUGCAUAGUCUAAAUUAAGCCUUAAUUUAUGGUUUACUGCUUUGUAAUUGGUUACAGUGGCAACAGAUGGUAGCAAUCUGCUGAUCCUUGAAAUAAUGUUCAGAUGGUAUCUUUUAGCUGCACCAUGAUUCCUUUGCUGCUGAGGUGCAGUCAGAUUGUAUUAACCACCUCCAUUUUACUAUCUUUUAGUAUCUCAUUGACUCUUCAGUGUCUGAAGACACUUGUGCUGGGGGUAUGCGUUACUCAGCAAUGCCGGCAAAGAGCACUGGGUUUUAAGAGGUAGAUGCUAUAUUUUCACAAUUUUUUUUUUUUUUUUUUUAAUCAAUUCCCAAGCAAAAUUUGUUCACAAACAUGCAGGUACAGGACCACAGAGCAAGAGUGCAAUACUCCAAUUGGGCUUUAUAAUCCAGGAUAUAUUUGGGAAUUGGCAUUUUAAUGAGACUGUCUGUCUAUAGGAACAUUUAGUUCAUUAGUGGCUCUCUUCUGUUCAUUAAAAUACACAGCCAGAUCUUCAUGACGGAGAGGUUUUAUGUCACCACCAGCCCCCUGGUUAUGGCCAAUCCCCCCCCAGCUUUUUCUGGUUAAGGGACCAUAGAAGGAUAGUUUUACAUCAACUGACCUAAUGCUAUAGGAAUGUCAUUGUAAAUUGACCAUGUGGCUAAGCCCACCAAGUCCUUUCAGGAAUGUAGGCUAUCUUCCUGAAGGUGAUAUCCCUUUUCAAGCAGUUACCAUUAUUGGUCAUUACUCACUAGUCCUGUAUAUACCACAGCCAAAAUUUGGAAAAUACUAGUCUUCUAACAGAACUGUGACAAGCACAUUUCUGCUCUGAUCAUCUGCCAAGCCAUUGGGAAACAGAUGGGGACCCUUGAAAGAACAUCUAUAUUCUACCUGAAACUAAGUGUCUUUAUAUCUUUUGAUAUUAUAUAUGUACUUGUGUCACUAUCUGUCAUUACUCGAUUAAAUGGUAUAUAUCUAA